GUCGCGAUACUACCGAAGAGCCAAGGAUGUGCUGAAAGCUGAAGAUAUCUUGUAAAAAGAUGACGGGAGGAGGAAGAUACCAAGUACUCGUGGACAUGGAGGGAGAUCUUCCAGUUGGACUGGGCUGUUAACAACUGCACUUUGCACAGCCUGUUUCCCCUGUAUACUACUUAAUACUAUAACUCGAAGAAGUAUUAUUCCCUACCUAUCCAUAGUAUGCUUGCUGACUGCAUGAGUUGGAACUGAGCGGGGCGCUUGGCUCAACCAAAGAAGUGCCCAAAGUAAAAUUUAGUGGGGCCCAAUUCCAAGUCGCGUCUUUUGAGUCGCUCACGCGCGUAGCUUUCCACCUUGCAAGAAACGUCGAAUCUCUCCAUCUCAAAAAGUCAGCACUACAACAAAUUCGCAGCGAACCAACUCGCAACAACACUCGCCUAGGCCAUGAACAGCCGCUGAAUUUCAAAACACCGUCCCUUUCAAGACUCGUUCCAGUCGCUUCCCUCGAUCGCUUGCACCGCAAACCACAGCUUGCGCAACAGGAAAAGCAACAGGCCGAUCGAACAAUGCCAGCAACGCGCAAACGGGCGCUGCCCGAGGUCAGCUCGGAAAAUGCCCAAGAGCCGCCGCAGGACUCCCUUCUCAUUCGCAUCAGGAACAUGUGGCAAUUCGCCAACUUGGUUCAGUUCAUGAUGUUAUUUGGCAAAGCCCUGAAGCUCGACAAUUUGGACAUAGAGGAUUUGGAGGCAGAAUGUCUGAAGCCUGGGUCCAUGGCUUUGCAGAACAUUGGCCUGGGCUUCCUCAAGUUCCUCUCCUCCCACCGUGGCCUAACGCACGAUCUAUUCGACGAGUACACGAGACGACAGUAUCUCAACAAAGCGCCGGAGAAGAACCCGUUUGGCAAUUCAGAGGUUUCAUUGCGAUUUGCCGAUUUUGAUGUUUUCACCAAGAUUCGUAUUCUGCAACAAAUGACGCAGUUCAUCAUCAUGAGCUCCGAGAAGCUGCGGGAUAAGACGGAGGAACAAAAGGAUACAGAUCAGACGCACUGGCGGAUUGAACCCUACGGAUGGGAUCGACAUGAUCGAACAUACUACGUGCUCGACGACAACCGAUUGUACCGCAUGUCGGAGGCGCCGGCGGCACCAGCAAAACCUAAGAAGAACACCAAGAAGGCGAAAGCAGCAAAACGUGCCAACAAACGGCGCCGCGUAGCAUCUGGUGCCGCGAGCGAUACCGAGGAUGCUGGAGACGAGGCCUCUGAAGCUGGCGCGCCCGCCGAACCAGAGGAUGAUGGGCUUGGAGGCAUGAAAUGGGAAUGCUUGGCCGCCACCUUGAGCGAGGUCCGCGACUUCAUUUCAUCCUUGGAGAAAACCAAAGACCCCAAUGAGAAGAUUCUCCGCAAUCAGAUUCAAGCUCAUCUCCUGCCGAUCCUCGAGCAACAGGAAGAAUCCAGAAGACGUAAACAACUACAACGAGAAAAGGAGCUUCUGAACCUGGAGAAAAUGGCGCACGCUAAGAGGUCGAGUCGAAUCGCUGGCAAGCUUGAACACCGUAAAGAGGAAGAACGUGUCCGCGAAGAAGAGCGGAGGCAACGCGAGGAAGAGGCCGCUAGACGCAAGGAGGAGACGAAACGGGCAAAGAUCGAGCGCGAAAGAGAACACAGGUUGAUGUCAAGAGAGCGCAGGCUGAAGGAGAGAGAGGUUCGACGUCUUCAGCAUGAGGAGGAGUUGGCUCAGCUGUCCGAGGACAGCAAGAGCACAGCCUCUGCCCGUAUGUCAGACCGUCGAAGGAUUGCCGAGAUCGAGAGGAACAAGAAGGCUUUGCAGGAGCUGGAAGAGGAAGAGGAGGACUGGAUUUUUGAUUGCAUUUGCGGCGCAUACGGACAAAUCGACGACGGAACCCACAGUGUUGCCUGUGAGCGGUGUAAUGUCUGGCAGCACAGCAAGUGUCUUGGCAUCGAUGAAAAGGAGGCUGAGGAGGAAGAUUUUCACUUUGUUUGCGAACCUUGUCGUCGGCGCGAAAAGGAAAUUGAGCAGCGGCCUCUCAUCAAGCUCAAGGUGAAUAAGCAGGAAGAAGCUCCGAUCUCUUUCUCGCCACCUUCCGCACCAACUGAAAACACCACGGGCGAGGCUGACGGUCGUGCCCGACUGGUUGUGGAGCUGCCAUUGAAGGCCUCCUCUGGUGUUGAUGAAUCGACAGAGCAGCCGGCGUCUGCACCAUCAUUGGACGAAGCAAAUGGGGACCGCCCCGCAACGACGAAACUCCCAGAUUCACAGGGGAGCAACCCAUUUUCAUCGCCACGUCCGAAUCUGCUCCCGCACGCUCAGCUGUCCCGUGGUAAUCCUGUGUCCGGCGCCUCCGAUAGCAGUCUUCCUGUGUUCCCCGAAAGCGGCAAUGGUAUCUCCCCCACAAAGGAAUCGCACCGUCCUUCGUCACCACCAACAAAGACACUUGCUUCGAUCGGAGAGCCAGGCCGACCUGCCUCGCCUAUAUUGAACAUUACCAACACGUUCAGACCUCCGCAGUCCCAGGAUAGCAGAUCAGACGGGCGGUCAUCACCUUUGCCGCCAUCGAGUAUCUCUCCCACUAAGCACUCGCCUCCUCCUCCUCAGCGUCGCGGUGUCCACGGGACCAAUGGUAACGGGAUCGCCACUCCUUCGCAGAGCUUUGGCAAUCCAGGCGUGUCGAUAUUCCCUCCCGUUGCCGCCUUGUCGCCUUCCCCGAGGCAGCAAAUCCUCACCCCUCCCGUGAAAAACCCAGGGCCAGUCAGAGUCCCCCCACUGGGACCCACACCUGCCGUGUUGCCUUCUACACCAAACCAGUCCUCUGAGCAAAUUGGCUUGUGAGAUGCUUGGCCAAUGCGGGAAGUACCUAGUCAUCAAUAAGGGGGCAAUCAAAGUCUCAAUCUGGCCAGUAAUGGUGGCGGUUUGGCGGUGAGUAGCAAGUAUAAGGUGCAGGCUUGGUUGUUUUUGUGUACUUUGGAGAUACAUUGUUUAGAUAUACAUUCGGCUGGGUUGGGUGGAUUGGAUGGGGAUAUACUUAUGGGGUGGUAGGUUUUCUUCUGAAUGGGUGUAUCGCGAAUCGUAAGUACAUAGAGAGCUGUCUGGCCUCAUAGACGAGGUCCUAGUACAAAUGGGCUAAACCGAACACGGGAGCCAUGGGAGCAAUAAUGUAAAUGUCAAGAAGCUGGGUACACUGACUCUAUGAGAUACCUCUGCUGUUGUUCAAUAAGGUACGGAGCAUCUGAUCCUUGGUCUGAUAGG